UUGAUGACGUAAUCAGUCUCAUCAUUGUCUUCAUUCACUUUCUUCUUCGAUUUUUUCGCAUUUUUCCUCUCUAGUUCUUUUUGAACAAUUUUUUUACACGUUAUUAGAAUGGGACAAACACUGGCGCACGUGUAUAAAUGACGUAGCUAAACAUUCGACUAUAUAUCCAAUUUACCCUUGAGAAUAACAAAAAGGAAAGCACAUAUUUGCAAUUAUUGGGUGAAAAAUUGUUCAAUUAAAAUGACGUCUAGUCACCCUUAUAUUUACAUUACGUUCGUUUUGUUUUAUUUCCUCCUCAAAGUCAUCCAGGAUCCCAAAGCAUUGGACCACCAGCUGGUGGAGAUGUUGAUCAAGUGUUGUGCGACCCUCACACUCUGCUACACAAUGAGGACCAACAUGAGGGAGUUGCAGCUGACCUCUAAGCCACACACACAACAGACCAAGUUCUUCAUUGGACUCCUGUUCUCAGUGUUUGGAGACGGACUGUUGGUGUGGGACAACUUACACUUCUCUUUCUUCAUCCUGGGCCUCCUCUCCUUCCUCAUCUCCCACUGCUACUACACAGCCUCCUUUGGACUCCACCCCCUCCACCCCCGACUGGCAGUGGUGGUGUUCAUGUGUGCCAUCGCAGUCUUCUCCACAUGCGUCUACUUCGAGAGACAGUCCACCAAACCACUAGACAUUACAACAUUCUACAUCGUAAUAGUGGCUUGUUAUCUCUACAGUGGGGUGCUCUAUGCAGGCGUGUGGAGGGCAUUGGUGUUACUUCUCACAGCCACCAGUGAGAACGAGAAGGAUAGAGGCAAACAGAGACUAUUCGGCAUCCUUCUCUACGUCCUGUCCGACACAUUAAUAGCUGCCAAUAAAUUUAUCAUCUACUCGGAGAACACGUGGGCGCUGCAUAUGGCCACAUACUUCUUAGCCCAGUUCCUCCUCACCCAGUCGUCGCUAGUGGUGAUUGACAGGAACAAGCUGCGCCAUCCUCCAGUUGGGAGGAGUUUCUCCUCCGACCUUGCCAGUUUCCUCAGAGCGUGGACCAAUGUGAACAGAGUAGAAUUAGAAGUCGAUCGUAGCAGUGACAACGAGGAAAAAACACACCGCGAUUGA